CCCUUACACCCAUGACUGAGUCCAGCUGGAUGGAUGAGUGUUUCACCCCCUCCACCUGCCCUGGGACACCAGAUGCAACUCUGGAACUGCCCACACAGCAGCCCUCUGCUGUCGAGCGACUAUCUGCUUCAGGCCAAGUAGGACGCUCAACUUGACUCUCCCAAAAUAAGCUGCUGGCAUAAACCUUUAAUACCCCAUGUGGUCUUUCUAUUUCAUCAUGUGGCCUAAGAUAUUAAUUAUCUCUGACAAUAAUGGCAGAACAGCUGUGUCAGAUAAUUGUUCAAGCAGAAUGUAUCUUUAGUUGCUGAAACCAGCUUGUUUUGGGAACUGUGCAAAAGUACAAAAACACAAAAAAGUGUCUUGAUGACAAGAAAUUCCUCCGUCUAUGUGGUGUGAUGCAUGUGGUGUCAUUGCAAAGCAAUUGCAAAAUGGCUUGAGGGAAAAAUCUCCCUGUUGAGACUUGUGACUGAUGUUGAAAGCUUUGCUCAAAGGGAUGUUUCCUCACGCCUCUACUCGCCUCAGUCGACAUUGCUAUGUUAGUCACAGGGCCUGGCCUGUCAUGUUUAGGCAACCAAUGGUUGAUGCAAAGAAUGUGUUUUAACCACCGAUGAUGUCGAUGUAAAAACAGUAGGGUGGAAAUUUUUCUUUUUUUGCUAAUGCAUUUAUGCCCUAAGAACGUGCACAUGUGAUUAAUUAAUGGUUUGGCACGUGCAGACUUAUGUGUAAGCAUUUUGGGAUAGACCUACUGUAUGUUGUCUCGACUUUAGCUAUCCAGCAUGCAGUACCACAGAUACCUGAGUUUAGUAGUUUUAAGUAGAUUUGACAGUAGAGAAUGACCUUGAAUGGAAUGGAGGCCUGUGCUUGGUUUCUGCAAACCCAUUUGACUGCAUACACGAGUAGCCUGACAAAACAAAAGUAUAUUCUGGAGCCAGAGCUUGAGCAUUUUUGCCGCUUGAAUGAGACCUCUUGUGCUGGGCUUGUCGUGCUUGUGCUUGUGACCCAACAUGGACUUUCGGUUGAUUGGCACAACCCCAGCUUCCCACACCUCCUUGUAUCAUCUACUCUCCAGCUCAAGUCGGUUAUCCGCCGCACCAAAGAGACCUCCAAUGUCCAUCCAAUGUUCAGAGAGGGAAUGUUGCGACGUAAAAUGGGACCUAUUAUUGUGAAUAAGAGCAACUCGCAAGACCGACUCAUUGAGGAGCUACAGGGGAAACUGGGAAUAGGGAGAGUGGAGCGCAGGCGUAAACAACAGCCAGAUGAUUGGAUGACAGAGGGAGUCAUUGUCAUGUCCAACCCACAGCGAACACGGGAAGAAGGCGCCCAUCCAUCUGUGGAUAAGAUCGUCAUCCCUCCAGAAUCACCUGCCCCACAGAGAAAAGUCCUCCCCCCUCCGCAAUCUCCCCCAGCACCCAAAAAGCCACCCCCAGUUAAGCAGACUCCUCCGCCACUACCUCCUCCCCCUCCCACCCCUCCCCCUCCUCGAGAACCUACCCCUCCUCCCCCAAAGGAGCCCACUCCUCCCCCCAAGGAGCCCACGGCUCCCUCUGUCCAGCCCCCUCCGUCACCUAGCCCCCCUCCCAAGCCCAUCACGCCACCUCCGCCUCCCAAGGUCUUUGUUUCAGUGGGUUGUCAGACCGAGUACGACCCCAUCUUCCCACCAAUGCAGGCACGGAUCACCUCAUACUCUCUUCCCACUUUCUAUCGGCCACUUUCUUUUACACGUUGAGUUGUUUUACUUGCGUGUGUUUGCAGGUUAUUUGGCUCAAAUCCAAGCAGUUGCAAUGUUGUAUGCUACUCUGUAUUUAUGUGAUCUAUAUAAUUUGUCUGGUCAUUGGCUCUGUUUUUGACCACUGGAGUCCAUUCAUGGCAAGUUGCAACAGGUAACCUCUUUAAGCUUUGUCUGAGAUCCAGUCAGUUCAGGUUAUGAGUGGUGCUGAUAUUCAGGCUACAGAGAGUAGAGAGUCCUUUUUCUAAUUCUGACAUCUGACGGCACUAAGGGCUGUGAGUUCAGAGUGGAGUGGAGAAUUUAAGAGCUUGCAGGCAUGAGGAGUGAAACCCCCUGCCUCCCCUGCCAUGUUCCCGUUACACUAACUGUCCUGCCAUGCGCAGGAAUGGUAGGCUCGCAGUGCAACUGAAACUUAAUCUGCCACAUGACAGCACAGUUACCACCACAAUUAUAGCAUCUCCCACAGGACUUCCGUCAACAGGUCCCACUAGGUUAGAUACCAGCAUGUUGAAGUUGAAUGCCAUGUUCCGUCACCUCUUUUAGAAUCCAUGGUGUCUUUUUUGGAGUAGUUUCGGUAAAGACUUGUAGAAUAGUAGAUUGAUAUGACUACAAGAGUAUAAUUGCAUUCAGGUCAAAGGCCCAGUGAGAUGCCUGGCUAUUUUAUUUGGUCAAAUGUAAGCUGGGUCAUUUUGCGUGUGAGUGUGAGGGAGCAGAGGCACUAUUUUCUCUCUCAGAGGAAUGUAAAAGUCAUGAAGCUCCAAUAACCACAUCAUCUAAAAAGGUCUGUGUUUGCUUACAUUACAGUAGCCGGACACAUUCACACACACAAUGUUGAUAUAAGAAAGUCUUCAUCAAAGACUGCAGACAAGCAUUAGGGUUGAUGAUGUGAACAUAUUUUGUCCAUGGCUUGUCUUGGUAUUUUCUCUCUGUCUGUUCUCUGUCUAGCUGAAAGAGGAGACCACCAUCGAAAUUGUUCUCUUGUUGUACUACCAGCAAUUCAGGGAGAGAAUAUUGUAGCAAAAGAAUUACAAAGGCAUUUACUUCAAAUAAUUAUAUUAGGUUAAAAAUGUAUGUAAUACAUCAAGGAGGUAAGUCCAAAAAAAUCAUCCAAAAUGAUGAGAACAUAUGCUGAACACAGGAACACUGACGGAACAGUUGAUCCACGCAAACAAUUAUGUUACAAACUAUGACUGCAACACUAACUGUGGAUCUGAUUCAAGACUGCUGACUGCCAUACCCUUCCGCAAAGAAGUAUUAACUGCAAUGCUGUUUAUCGAAGUGUUUGUCAACCUGGCAUAAAUCAGAAUGAUAUAGUGAAGCCACUUUGGUCUUCCAUCUC